UUGAUGUCAAGCAAUGAGAUGACAAUAAUGUCUUUAUAACCAUAUGAUGACAAUGUCUUUAUUACUGGUUAAGGUUGGGACAGGCAAUGGACAGACAGUCGGUGGUGACAGUGAUGUAGUGUAUGUCAAGUUAGACAAAUCCGAUGGUUUAGAAAUGCAGACAACAUUUGAGUCGCGCCGACAACUCAUCCUUAAGCGCAUCCUUUCGGCUCUUUUUUAUGCCAUUUCUUCGUUUCUCAUAAUCGUUAUCAACAAAGUAGUGCUCACUAACUAUAGGUUUCCAUCAUCACAUAUUUUAGGAUUGGGACAAAUGUUGGCCACAAUAAUAAUUUUAUUUAUAGGAAAAUCUUUGAAUAUUAUAAAUUUUCCCAAUUAUUCACGUGAUAUACCAUUUAAAAUAUGGCCCCUACCUAUGUUAUACAUGGGUAAUCUGGUUUGUGGUUUAGGCGGCACUAAACACCUGAGUCUUCCAAUGUUUACAGUUUUGCGGAGAUUUACGAUUCUCAUGACUCUUAUUGGAGAGUAUUAUGUCCUUAAUGUUGUACAAAGUAAUACAAUUGUAAUGACCGUCAUAGCGAUGGUUGGCGGAGCUAUAAUCGCUGCCAGCAAUGAUAUGGCAUUUGAUGCCAAAGGAUAUGCAUUUGUUUUAGGCAACGAUGUCUUCACGGCUGCCAAUGGAGUGUAUAUCAAACAGAAACUCGACUCCAGAGAAUUGGGAAAGUAUGGUCUUCUAUAUUAUAAUUCGCUAUUUAUGAUAAUACCAUUAAUAUUGAUGAUCUGGACUAUUGGUGACUUCAACCGGGCCUUCAAUGAAUUUAACGAUUGGCUUGAUUUUGGAUUUUUAAUAUCAUUUAUUUUUUCGUGUGUAAUGGGAUUUAUACUAAUGUAUUCAACUGUAUUGUGUACCGCAUUUAACUCAGCGCUAACCACUACUAUUGUCGGUUGUCUAAAGAAUAUAUUCGUUACAUACAUUGGAAUGUAUAUCGGAGGCGAUUAUGUGUUUUCAAUGACUAAUUUUAUUGGUCUUAACAUAUCUAUGAUUGGAUCACUUGUUUAUUCUUACAUAACAUUUAUUCAAAGCAAUAAUAAGUCCUCGUCUUAA